AGUGACACCACACUGUUGCAUUUUCACCUGUUGAGUGCUAGGCGUGUGUGACGUGAGUCAGAGCUCAGAGGCUCUCAGUCGGCUUGACUGUUUCGCGCGCUUUGGUCGCAUAUUUCAUAAACAUUGAACGCAUCGUCCACGUGCAUUCGCAAGUGAUAAGUGAGAUCGAUGCACGAGUGUUGGAACUCGAGUGUAAGACUGUGUUUCGUAGUGUUUUUGGUGACCCUUCAAGCUGUUUCUAUCGGACAAACUGAGGAACAUUUCGGCGGCGGAAAACUGCAUUUGGAAAUACCUGAAAGGGAGCUCGCAGCCGAUGCUUCAAUGCCAAUCUGAUGUUGGCUUCAAUCUCUCGUCGUGAGGACACCGAAGGCUGCGUUGUGUGGCCGGCAUGGUGCUACACAGGUGAAGGCGGUGGUGGUCCCGCAAGGCGUUGUGCCCGAGAUGCGGCGUCCCCCGCGCAAACGCAUGCGCCGGCGUCUGCGCCGACUGCCUCCAGUGUCAAAGUCGAACGGCUAAGCCCACACGAAUCCACCGCCUCCAGAUCUCGCAGCGUGACGCCAUCAACGUCGUCAUACCCGGGCACACCGCCGGAGCGCGGCAGCCCGAGCCACGCACCCCCUGCGCCCGCGCACCCGCCUCGCAACUACUCUGACAUAAUGCGCUCGCUCGCUGCCAGAUACAACACACAUCCCACUAACGACUAUUUCCACCGAGUCAACGGUUUCGGAGUAGAACCACGCGCGCCGGUACAAUCCAACGACACAAAUGAUGCUCCUAUGGGCGGAUUGUUUGCCAAAUUAGCCAAACAGCAAGGGGGACCACCGCGGAUUCCGGCAUUCCCUGUCAUGAUAGACAUGACCUCCACAAAGACUUUAUUAGCAAUAUCGCGCGUGGGCCGUGGGGGAAGAUCGCGGCGCAAGCGUAUCGGGACCGGUGCAGUUCCCGAACACUCACCGCUUGAUCUCUCCGCGGCGGGAGAGAGCGCUGCAAAGCGAGCACGACUCUCCGCCAGUCCUAGCACACGGAGCGACGAUGAUAGGGAUAGGAUAUCAAAUGAAGAUCGGAGCGAAACCCGCGACUGCCUCUGCGCAGAGGCGCGCGCGCGCAUCUCCGCCUGGUCCGUAGACGACGUCUGUGACUUCGUGAACUCAAUCGACAUUUGUGCUGAAUAUGUUUCGAAUUUCCGUGAACAAAGAAUCGACGGAGCGGGCCUGCCACUACUUACAGAAGACCACCUCACCGGCAUGCUACAGAUGAAGCUUGGACCAGCACUAAAGCUACGCGCUGUUCUGGCCCGGAGACUCGAAUCCUGUGCUCAAUGUCAAGCGAACACCUUACUUACUGCCCCUGUCACCCCAAAUACACCUAAAAUCAAUGGAGCGUUGAAGCCAGAACCAAGAAGCAACACAACCAGUCCUAGUUAAUUCAAUAAAACAAAUGGCGCUUGUACUUAUACAUACUUUAUUGUGUCUUUUAUAUAGAAAAUAUGCUGAACUUUUCCCUACACUCAUAUUUUCUAUGUGAUAGAAACAAUAGACGGACUUAAGACUCAAAUGGUUGUUAACGACUUUAUGACUGAAUAAGUGGAAUAAUAAACUAAAAUAUGACGCGGUUUGGUUAGCAACAACCAUAUAUUAAAGAUGUCUUCCUGUUUAUAGAUAAAUGCAUUUAGUCUCUACUUAAUAUUGUAAAUAAUAAUGUUGCCGUCCAAAUAUUAUUUUCGCUGUAUUUGGUUAAGCUUUGAGAAUUUACGAAAACGAAGAAUGGUCUUCAAAAAUUUCGGUGCUAUUUGACCCCGCUAGAAAUAGUUUUAGAAUAGAUUUAUGAGUAUAUUUAUGCCUGUAAUUAAAAGAAUUUGAGGCUAUGUCUACUUAACACAGGGCUGUUACAAACUGUAUAUAUAUAGUAAUACGAUGUAUGGACAUCGAUAUGUAGCAUUUAUUUGUACCACACCUGAGUAAAGCUCAUUUUCCAACCGUUAACUCGGAUUAGUAAUAAUGUUUUAGGAGCAGAAUAAGAAAUAAUUAUCUACUAUGAAUAUUUCUACUUAAGGUAAAGCAGACUUUUAGGGCCAAUAUAUCUCAAACACCCAAAAGUAUAAGACUAGUGUGUGAUACAGUUUUAGUUCAGAAAUUAUACGGGGAAAUUUGGGAUGCUUAAAAAUAAAACCAGUGAAAACGUUCCAAAAAUGGGGCUCGGAUAUAAAUAGUAGAUAAAUAAAAGUUUCAUGUUUUGUUCAACGGACAUCUUAGUUAUGUAAAAUGCACAAUAUUUUCAAUAACAAUUUCUGUAAAUACGUACAAGUCUAUAGAUAUAGAUUGAUACAGUAUGUUUAGGAUCUGUGGUAAUCUCCUUAAUUGCCAAAAUAGUUAUAUCCAAUUCAAAUGUUAAAAAUAAUAUAAGUGGUGCUACUGCAACUUGUGCCUUAUUCCAAGUCUUCCGAACUUGAAAACACUUCCAUGGAUAACAUAUACAUUAUUAAAAAAGAAUGUCGAUGUUGUAAAUAUGAAUUUCGUAAAUCGGUUUUUCUAUUUCGACUCCGGCGUUCUUCAACUGUUUUUAACGUAUUUGAACCAUGUUUUUGGAUAGUAUUACGGUUUACGCUUUAAUCCGAUAAUAACAAUUUUUGAAAGUGUUUAAUAAAUUUGUAAUUAAUUAUAACAGCUUUUAGUAAUAAAAGUGUAAAUGUAAAGUGUAAAUUAUAAUGGUUAAUAUUGAAUUAAAAAUAUCAAGGGAAAUUUAAUGUGAUUUUGAUUACAUACAAUUGUUUUAAUACAUAAUAUAAAACUGUUCGUUAUAAAUGUAAGACCCUUUCACGUAAUAUACUAUGUAUUGAAUAAUUGUAUUUAUACUGGUAUCAAAUAGAAAAACUACCAAAUUAUAUAUAAAAAAUGAAAUAACAUUCUAAUUUCCAUGAAUCGCC